CGCUUUUUAGAUCGAUUGAUGAGUUCCGCAAAAAUCGUUCGGUCGCUUCAUCAGCACAUCGUUUUGUCAUUCAUAAAAGAUAAAAUAAUCGAAUUUUGAUUCGUUAUCACAUAUACAUAUGGGUAGUGCGCCGAAAGCGGUCGAAAUUCAAAAAAAUAAAACACCGAUUCCUUUUUAUUUCAGUCGAUAUUUUUAUAUCGCAUUAUAUCAAGACGGUGCUGCGUUCGUGAUAUUCUGUUGAAAUAUCAAUCGAUUUCUUCAAUUAGUUUCAAUGUUAGUCGCGUGUGCAUGUGUUUGAUGGUUUUGAUGCAAGUAUUACAAAUUUUUAACAAAAUUUCGGAGAACUAAAUUAAUUCGAGCGCAUUUCUGAUUUGUUAUGGACGGCGCCGUUAAGAAAACCAGAAAGCCGAAUCCCAGAGAAAAUGCAUUUCCUUUAUCCGCCGCUACUUUUUGUUAUACGAUACCGACGUUUAUUGAAGGAUUCAAACGCGACCUGGAAGAAGCCGAUCUGACCGAAACGUUGAAAGAACACAAAUCGAAUUAUUUAGGUAACAAAUUAGAGAAAUGCUGGCGAGCCGAAGAAGAGAGGGCCGCCAAGAAAAACGCCAAACCAUCAUUGGAAAGGGUGCUAGUAAAAACAUUCGUAUGGGAAUAUUUGGCGCUCGGGAUUGUUUUAAUCAUGUCCGAGGCAGUUAGAUUAACGCAACCCAUGUUUUUAGGACGAUUAGUGAGAUUUUUCGACCAGCGUCAACGAAACCAAACCGUGGUCCAACCGCUGAUACUCGGCCAGUACCUUUCGUACUACAACGAAAACUCGAUCAUCUCGCAGGAGGAGGCCUACUAUUAUGCCGCAGGAGUAGUACUAUGUUCGCUGAUAUCGGUGCUUUGUAUCCAUCCCUACAUGCUGGGCGUCUGCCAUAUUGGCAUGAAAAUGCGAGUGGCCUGUUGCUCGUUGAUAUACCGCAAAGCGCUCAGAUUGAGCAAAGCCUCUUUGGGCGAAACCACUGCCGGUCAAGUUGUGAAUCUCCUCUCGAACGAUGUCAAUAGAUUCGAUUUGGCCGUUUUGUUCGCCCAUCAUCUUUGGAUCGGUGUACUGGAAACCGUCAUUUGUACUUAUUUCAUGUAUUUGGAGGUGGGAAUCGCCGCCGUUGUCGGUGUAUGCGUGCUGGUUUCGUUCGUGCCUUUGCAAAUGUAUAUCGGUAAGAGAAUAUCGGUGUUGAGAUUGCGAACGGCUUUGAGAACCGACGAGAGGGUGCGGUUAAUGAACGAGAUUUUGUCGGGUAUACAAGUCAUAAAAAUGUACGCUUGGGAGAAACCGUUCGCUCAUCUCGUAGCUCAAGCGAGAAAGCGUGAAAUACAAUUCAUCAGGAACACGUCUUUCCUGCGAGGCAUCUUCCUUUCGUUCAUCAUGUACAGCACUCGAAUGGCGCUGUUUGUUAGCAUUUUAGUGUACGUUUUGUCCGGUUACAAUAUCACCGCUGAGAAAGUCUUCGUUAUAACCUCAUUCUACAACGUCCUGCGACAGACGAUGACAAUAUUCUUUCCGCAAGGUAUCGCCCAAGUCGCCGAAGCUAGGAUAUCUAUCAAACGUUUGAACACAUUCAUGCUUUUCGGUGAAAUACAAUUGAGCAAAAAUAACGAGAAAAUCCAAAAAAUCGACGGCGAGAAGAGCUUAGAUUUGAGCAAAUCGUCGAACGGCGUCGAAAAGGCGCCGAAGAAGGCCGAAUCGGGUGUGUUUAUAACCAACGCAACUGCCAAAUGGAGCGAAAUGUCCAUACACAAUACACUAACAGAUAUAAACAUUAAGGCCUAUCCAGGACAACUUCUCGGAGUUAUCGGACCCGUAGGAAGCGGCAAAAGUUCCUUAUUCCACGUGAUACUGCAGGAAUUACCUUUAAAGGAAGGACAACUCACCGUUAACGGAUCGAUCAGUUACGCCUCGCAGGAACCUUGGUUGUUCGCUGGAAGCGUAAGACAAAACAUAUUGUUCGGUCAACCGAUGGAUAAAGUCCGUUACGAAACGGUAGUGAGAAAAUGUGCCUUAGAAAGAGACUUUAGGCUACUGCCUUACGGCGAUAAAACCAUCGUAGGAGACAGGGGUGUAUCGCUCAGCGGGGGCCAAAGGGCCCGGAUCAAUUUGGCUAGAGCCGUUUACAAACAAGCGGAUAUUUAUUUACUGGACGAUCCCUUAUCGGCGGUGGAUACGCACGUCGGAAAAGAGCUAUUCGAACAAUGCAUUACCGGUUACUUAAAGAAUAAAAUCGUCAUCUUGGUCACGCAUCAAAUUCAAUAUUUGCAAGAGGUCGAUCACAUUUUGUAUUUAGAAGACGGUAUAGGAAGGACGGGUACGUUCAGAGACUUACAAGCCAGCGGAUUGGAUUUUACGAGAACUUUGGGCGAAUCCACCGAAGUGGAAGAUGUAACGAACAAAGAAACGGAAAUGACGCGACAAUUAUCGAUCAGGAGCGUCGCUUCGGUGGAAGUGGAAGCUCCGCAAGCGGUAGAAGAGCAAAAAAGUUCCGGCAACAUCGGCGGGUACGUUUACAGGUCAUAUUUCGCGGCGGGCGGUAAUUGUUGCGUGAUAUUCAUAUUCUUCUUUCUCUUCUUCGCCGCGCAAUUGUUCUCGAGCGCUUCGGAUUAUUACUUGACUUUCUGGCUCAACAGAGAACAAAAAGACCACGUUCUGAACAAAACGACGACAAAUACAAACUCCACCGUUAUCUACGAAUGGUGGCAUUUCUCACGCGAGACCUCCAUCUACAUCUAUUCCUUCAUCAUAGCAUCGCUGGUCAUCGUGACGAACGUUCGUUCGUUUACGUUCUUCAUCGUCUGCAUGCGCUCCUCCACCCGCUUACACAACAACAUGUUCACCAGUAUAACGCGCGCCACCAUGAGAUUCUUCAACACCAACAGCUCGGGCAGGAUCCUGAACAGAUUUUCGAAAGACAUCGGCGCCGUCGACGAGCUCCUGCCGCUCGCCAUGAUCGAUUGCAUGCAAAUCGGAUUGGCGUUGCUCGGUAUUAUCGUGGUGGUGGCGGCGGUGACGCCAUGGUUGAUGGUACCGACGUGUUGUAUAGGAUUGGUCUUUUAUUUCAUCAGGAUAUUUUACCUGCGUACCAGCAGGAAUGUUAAAAGGCUCGAAGGGAUAACUAGGAGUCCGGUGUUUUCCCAUUUGAACGCCUCGAUAUUGGGAUUGACUACCAUCAGGGCGUUCGAGGCGGAGGAGAUUUUGAAGCAGGAAUUCGAUAAUCACCAGGAUUUGCACAGCUCGGCUUGGUAUAGUUUCAUAUCCACGUCGAGGGCGUUCGGAUACUGUUUGGAUUUGUUUUGUAUGGUUUACAUUACGCUCGUUACCUUCAGCUUUCUUUUAAUAGGAAACGAGAAUUUCGGUGGGAAUGUGGGAUUGGCGGUGACUCAAGCCAUCGGUUUGACUGGGAUGUUCCAGUGGGGCAUGAGACAGUCCACUGAGCUGGAGAAUCAAAUGACCUCGGUGGAGAGGAUAUUAGAAUACAACAAUAUAGAAAAAGAGGGCCAGCUGGAAUCGGAUCCGGACAAGAAACCGCCGGCGAGUUGGCCGGAAAAGGGAAAACUGGAAUUCAGGCAGUUGUUUUUGAAAUAUUUUCCGCAAGAUCCGUUCGUUUUGAAAGACUUGACCUUCCUGAUUCAGCCGAAAGAGAAAAUCGGAAUAGUGGGCCGUACCGGCGCCGGUAAAUCCUCGCUCAUAAACGCUCUAUUCCAACUCACAGACACCGUAGGGGAUAUUCUAAUCGACGAUGUCAACAUUUCCGGCUUGGGAUUGCACGAUUUGCGUUCGAAAAUUUCCAUUAUACCCCAAGAACCAGUCCUGUUCUCCGGCACCAUGAGGAAAAAUCUGGAUCCGUUCGACGAAUUUUCCGACUCGGAGUUGUGGAAAGUGUUGGAAGAAGUGGAGCUUAAGGAGGCCGUGGAAAACCUAGCGGCAGGUUUGAAUUCGAAAAUGUCCGAAGGCGGUUCGAAUUUCAGCGUUGGUCAAAGACAGCUGGUCUGUCUGGCUAGAGCUAUCCUGAGGAACAACAAAUUGCUGGUUCUGGACGAAGCCACGGCCAACGUCGAUCCGCAGACCGACGGUCUUAUACAACACACCAUAAGGUCGAAAUUCGCCGAUUGUACGGUGCUCACCAUAGCCCACAGAUUGAAUACAGUCAUGGAUUCCGAUAAGGUUAUGGUGAUGGAUGCGGGCACCAUGAAAGAAUUCGAUCACCCUUACAAACUACUGCAAAACCACGAUGGGAUAUUCUACGGAAUGGUGCAAAAAACUGGCAAAACUAUGGCUGAAAGUUUACAUCAAAUAGCUAGAAGAAGCUACGAAAGUACGAGUACUUUAUAAAUUAAUUUGUUGUGAAUGUUUUUAGUCCAAUUAAUAUAUACAUAGCCUAAUUAAAUUCCAUCGCUGAAUUGCUGAAUUUUUAACGCUACAAAAAUGUCUGUAGAUACAAUAUUCAUCGUUCAAUUCCAGUUAGUUCGAACAUUGAGAAGAGAUUAUGUAUUUCAAAAUUUCAACAAUCAA